CGCACGUUGAUGCCCCGCUCUGAACGCCUUCACCGUCACCGGCUCCUUCCUCCGCGGGACCGUAAUCAGUUUUCCAUCGAUUUUUACCGAUUUUUCCGGAUUUCAUUUCCGUUCAUCCCCCGAGGGGUCCUUAACCGUGAGUACCUCCGGUUCCGUUUGAGUGUGUGCGCUAGAGGUUAGUUCGCCUACGAGCGUGCUCGUUUCCGCCAAUCGCGAUCGGUUCCUUUGGUUCUGUGCUCAUCGAACUCAUUGAAUCUGUGUUGUGCUGAAUUUUGACUUGUAGUGAAUCUUGGACUUGUGGACUUAACAAACGAAGGCCGAAGAAAGUAAACGAAGUGGGACGGAAAAGUAUCGACUCAGAGCCGCCGAAUUCAAUGACACCCCUCUUCAAAAUUGUCGCAGGUUGAUUGGUGUUACAACAACCGAACUAUCAACGAGACCAGGGAUGACACUCAAAAGAUAACACUCCGGCCUGCAGAUACUAUCGAACCGACGUUCUCAAAACAUCAGCUAAAUCGUAGGAUUGAGUCGCAGCUCGAGAUUUUACGUAGAUGACAGUGGUGAAAAAUGGUUUGACGCGCUUCGAAUGAGGUGAAGACCUCAACGGCCAUACCGGAAACUGUGUGAAAAUCGUCACAAUCGGCUGAAACGCGCCAUGGCCGGGACUGAACCGUGCAAGUGCGUGCUCCAAUAAAAAAAAAAAAAUCUCGUAGUUAGUUCAAACCCAGCGUCUCUAAAUUUAUCACAUAUAUAAUUAGGUUGAUAUCGAAUUCGCCGCUUAGUGUUGACGGUUGCGCAGUGAUACGCACCAGCGGUUUAAACUCGUUCCUUGGUUUUCGUACUCCAUGUAAUUGGUCCUGAUCUCAAUUUUUCUUAGUUUAUUUGUCUCCAGCAUACACCGGUUGAAAAGUUUUUCGAUCUCUCCGAAAUGAGGACAGCUCGUCGGAUCCAUUGACGCUGCCGGGCUCUCGGCGUUUUCGCCUGGCGGGAACUUUCGGUUUGUCUCGAUGACCAACAUGCUGAUCUCGACCCCGACGUCGACGGCGGGGGCGGCGGCCCCGAAGACGGGGUCCGGGGCGGGGGCGGGCGCGACGACGACGCUCUCUAGCGGGAAGUGCAGCGACUUCUCGGUGUCGAGCCUGUGCCGGGACCUGGCGGCGCCGGGCUCCAAGUCGCCGGAGCGGAGCGCCGGAGAGAGCAAGGCGGCCAUCAUCACCGGAGGCAACGGCAACAACUGGAAAACGGGGCUUCCGCCCUCCGGCACCACCCCGCUCAGCCAGAUCUCCGCCGUCACCUCCAGCACCCUCCCCGGCCUCCCCAACGUCGGCCUCUCGCCCGCCACGCCUCAGCCUGCCGGUACUCCUGCAUCAACACUGCGAGAACUUUACGCCCUUGCAGCCACCCAACAGCCUUUAGCAUCUUUUGUUAGUCAACAACGCUUAUUAGAAAUAUCCAGGUUACGCCAAUAUGAUUUGGCGCAACACGUCCUCAAUCAUCAACAAGGAGCUGUAACCAAAUUAUUAGGAACUUUAAGGCCACCGGGUCUGAUAGGUGGUAGUAAACCAAAAGUAGCUACACCAGUCGUCGUUUCUAAAAUAGAGCAAUACAAAAGAGAAAAUCCAACGAUUUUUGCGUGGGAAAUUCGAGAGCGGCUGAUUUCGGAAGGAGUGUGUACGAAUGCGACAGCGCCCUCUGUGAGCAGCAUCAACCGGAUCUUGCGGAAUAGGGCUGCGGAGAGGGCGGCGGCGGAAUUCGCGAGGGCGGCCGGCUACGGGCUCUACCACGCGGCCCAUCCCUACGCCUCUUUCCACUGGCCCCCGCCGGGGAUCUGGAGUGGCUCGCCGGCGGGCGCGCCUGGCAUCAUAGCCUCCCAACACGCCUCCCCUGGCGGCACCCCCACGCACCCUCCCGGAAUCAUCUCGCCCGGGGAUCUCAUGCCUAGACUCAUCGAUGGAGAUUGCAAAGAUGACGACAGUAUAGGUAGUGGCGAUGGCUCAGAACAGCCAAAAUUUCGACGGAAUCGAACAACUUUCAGCCCGGACCAACUGGACGAACUAGAGAAGGAGUUCGACAAAAGUCAUUAUCCAUGUGUGAGCACAAGAGAAAAGCUAGCUGCCAAAACGAGCCUCUCCGAAGCCCGAGUACAGGUUUGGUUUUCCAACAGACGGGCAAAGUGGCGCCGACACCAAAGGAUGAAUCUGCUGAAGUCGCGGCGGGCCUCGGGGCAGGGCGGCUCGGGGGGUGGCGCGGGGGCGGGGGCCGGGGGGCCGACUCCCCCCUCGUGGCCCCGUAACAUGGGCGGCGAAAACAGCGCCUUCAAAGCCCUCACCCCGCUCACCAACAGCGACACCGACCUCCACUACGCCUCAUCGGAGGCCUCCGAGGAGAUCAACGUAACCACCGACGACGAGUGCUCCAACAGCUCUCUCAACAAGCUCUCGACGACCUCCUCGAACGCCAACCUCCACGCGCAGAGCCAGCCCAAGGACUUCCUAUUCGGGGCCCGGAGACCCGAGGGCGCCGGAGUAGGCGUGGGUGUUGGUGUGGGAGUGGGUGUGGGUGUGGGAGUGGGUGUGGGUGUAGGGGUCGGCGCCGAGCUGAGUCUUCCGGAGCAAGACGUGCGGACGACCAUAGAGGCGUGGCGGGAAAUGGCACUCCGGCACCAGGGCCUCGAGCCCUCCCUCCCUCUCCAGCUGACCAAACAUCAAAGAGAUCGGGUGCUAUGAACUAGUCUCAACCCCUUGUUGUGCCUCUAGCGGGCGGACUAUUGAAAUUUAUAGACAAAGCAGACAUAAGGAGUAUCGAGCGAUCCUGUUGGUUGA